AAGGAAAAAAAAAAAAAAAAAAAAAAAAAAAAAAAAAAAAAAAAACAGGAAACUAGAAAAGAAACGGAAGGAAGAAAUUCUUAGACUCUCGAAAUCUCCCUAAAAUAUGCAAAAAGGAAUGAAGAAGGAAAAAAGUCGGAAGGAAAUUCGCAGACCUUUGAGACUCCGAUCCCAAAUAUGCAAAAAUGAAUAAAAAACAAACAAAAAACGGAAGGAAGAAAUUCUCUUGAAAAUCCCGAUCCAAAAAAAGAAUAGGCCCAGAAGAGAGAGAGAGAAAAUAAAAAUCAACAGGUCCCCAUCGAGUAAAAGAAAAGUCUCAUCCGACCCUGACGUUUCUUGCCCUUUGAGAAACCAUCUCAGACACAUCUCAUCCAAUAGAGAAGCCAGAAGCCGAAGGCGGGUUUGCUUGCUAUUUAAACCUGAAUCUUACAUCUCGUCAUAGUUUUGGCCCUCUUCUUUUCUUCAUGCGAGUCGAAGAUGAACUUACUCUCGCUCUUCGCUUUCCUGACCCCCGUGUCAUCUUUUCAGUGAUUCAAGUGUGCCAUAUCUUUAAUUAAUAGAAGAUAAUUAAGUGCCAAUUCUUUUAGAGGACCGUGAUAUCUCAAGGACUUUACCAAUACAGUUUGAAUACUUAUUAUCCAAUUUUUUGAUUCCAAUUCCACAUCUUUUCGAUUGCCCAGAAUGGGCUAUUUGCUGCCCAAUAAAAUGGGUCCUUUUCUGGCACUGGCAGUCACUUAUAUAUUAGUCAUCCAAUCUACCAAAGCAGCACCAUAUGAGGAAGUUCCUGUCAAUUUAAGCCAUAGUGAUAGAGGCUGUUAUUAUAUGAAUAAGCUAUAUCCAAGUGGAGAAGAAAUAAUGACAAACGAGCCAUGUCUGAAUUGCACGUGCCUAGGAAAUACGCUAAUGUGCUAUCUAAGGAUAUGCCCCUACGUCAAACCACUAGGAGAAGACUGUAGAAUGGAGAGGCACGUAGGCGAAUGUUGCCCACAAUUUUGGUGCCCUGAAGUUUCUUCUCGAAAUACAACGGAAAAACCAGACGAAGGCACUAAAGCUGAAGAAGCGGCUACUACAGUUCCCCCUGGAAUAAUGGAACCCCAUGAGUAUGAGGGCUGUUUAUCUAAUGGAGUUAUGUACAAAGAUGGUGAAAUAGUUCCAUCCGACGACAACUGCCAUACGUGUUAUUGCAUGAAACAUGAAGUGGUAUGUGCCAAUCAGAAAUGUAUGGCUCCUGCAGAUGACUGCACGCCUUUAGAAAUUGAGCCAGGGCAGUGCUGUCCAGAGAAAUACGAUUGUCCAAAUGCUACUGAAUCUGAUGAAACUUCGACACCAGCUUGGUUGACGACACUAUCCGAAAAGACACCAAUGGGUAACGAAACUACAUCGAAAAUCACCACAUUUGGUAUCGCCGACAUAUCAACCUUCUCAACGCCUGGAAUACAUCUCAGUUCUUUCGUUACAACGAAAGAUUUUGAUAUAUCGACCGUUGGAACAUCCACUAAGAUCCCACUUGAUGAGAAGGCUGUUUCUGGCGUCACCACUGCCAGCGUCGAAAUGGAUGCAGAGGUGAUAACAGAACUAUUCAGCGAACUACCAUCGGCUAGUAAUAUUACCCAAACACCCAUCGAGUUGGUAUCCCGGCCAAGAGAAGCAAAGAUUACAGAAGUACCAGAUGACAUCUUCACCUCCAGAGCUACGAAGAGGCCAGUGAUUUAUCCAAAACGUGUUCCUGGAGAAGGUAUUUGCCGUCAUCAAAACAAAACAUACCAGAGCGGUGAAAAUGUGACCACGGGUGACCCUUGUUUGCAGAACUGUGUGUGCAUUAACAGCGUCAUUAAGUGUGAAAAAGUAGAAUGUGACCUCAGCCCUCCAGAAUCUCGAGAACUCUGCAAAGUGAGGCAGUUUCCAGGAGAAUGCUGUCCCCGAUAUGUCUGCAUCAAUGCUACAACAGAGAAAAUGGAUGAUAAACCACUAACCACAACAGGUGAAGAUUUGAUGCUUGAUCAAAAAUCAACUCCUUCAACAAUAGAUGUAGAUCAGACUGCAACAACGCCAGAGGAAUCAGAUCAUAUAACACUUACCACAUUAGAAAUUACAUCAAUAAAGACGACUUUGAGCACUCUGAAGGUUACAGAUCAUUCUACAAUCGGAGAAGUUAGAGAAACAACAACUUCGGCUGCCAUUGAAGAGAGUUCCAAGACACACAUACCUGAAACAGGGGCCGAAACAUUAACAACUUCGGAUGCCAUUGAGGAGAUCUCCAAAACGCGUAUACCUGAAACAGAAGCCGAAACAAUAACAACUUCUGCUGCCAUUGAGGAGAGUUCCAAAACGCACGUUUCUGAAACAGAAGCCGAAACAUUAACAACUUCGGCAGCCAUUGAAGAGAGCUCCAAAACUCACAUACCUGAAACACAAACUGAACUGUCUUCGUUAACAACAUUAAAGGAGUCAGUCACAGAGAAGGAAGAGGGAUUGAUGACUUCAGUAAAAGUGGAAGAAAAAUCAACACUUUCUCCUGAAAUAUCUACCUCCACUCAAAUAAUUGAUCAUGAAAUGACUUCUAUUAAAGAAACUCAUAAGACAUUGCCAGAAUCAGACAAUACGCAAGCAAUCUUAACAAAAUUAUCAACCCAAUCUGAUACCGAAGCAACUACGUAUGGGUCACCUGAAAUUGGUUUAGAUACAACAUUAUCUAGUACCAAAGCAUCUGAAAGUGAAACAAAAGAAUCAAGUCAAAUGACAACUGUAAAACUUGAUGCUGGAUCUACCGUGACAUCUGAAACUCCGGUUAUAACACAUAAAAUUGAAAGUGCAGCUACUGAGGAAGAGGUUCAAGCAACAACGCAGUUUUCUUCCGAAGCAACAACAGUCGAAAGUCAUACUGUUAAGAGUUCAGUAGAGGAGAUGGAAGGACAAGUUACAACAGUCAGCUCUGUGCCAGAAACUUCAGAAAAGAUAACUUCAAAACUUGAAAUUGCAACUUCAGUCACGGAGGGCACAAAAGUGGAAGAGCUUGAAGCCACGCAUACAGGAGAUACCGUUUCGACAGACGUCUCUGAAAAAGCUACAACUGAAGUAGAAUUGGAAGAUUCAAGUGUGAAAACAACAAUUCAGCCCUCAAUAACAACACAGCCUACCGAGAAAGUUGAUAAAUUAACCGAAACUCCUCCUUCAGCACUAUCUGCAGAAAUAGGUAGUGAAAUAACAACAUUACUUGUUAGCCAAGUAAGUGAGGAACGAACGACUGUUCAGCCAUCUUCAAAAUUAUCUGAAGACGCUACAUCCACUUCAGACUUAAAAUCAGCAGAAACAGAUAAAACUACUGACAUUCCUACCGCGAGUGAAAUUUCGACUGAGGAAUCUCGUGUAACAGAAAAAACUACUGCUCAACAAACUGCCUCUACUACAUUUUCAAAAUUGGACACUGCACCAGAACUUGUUUCAACGCCUGUCUCAAUUGAAACAAUUUCUACUGAAGCAUCUAAAGUAACAGAAAGUCAGUUUUCUGAUGAAACCAUUUUGAAUGUCACCGAAAUCUCAAAAAGUACACCACCUAAGGAAACUGACAUUUCUAUUACAGAAGUUCCUUCAGAAUUUACUUCAAAGGAAACAACGUUGGGUACUACUACAUCUGUAGAAGUUAAAGUAUCAACUUUUGAUCACACUAUUGAAUCGGACACCAAAACUCCUGAAACAUCAACGGCAACAUACAAAUCAACUGACCUCUUUACACUAGAGGCUGAAACGACUGUGAGUGUUCUUACAGAGUCAGAAAAAGAAAUCACCGAUGAAGUAUCAAAAAUAGAAGGCUUGACCCAAGAAGAUAAAAUAAGUACAACACAUGCACCUAUAUCCUCGACUGUAUCAUUUGAAGCAGAUGAAGUUAAGUCUACAACUUUUAAAGCUGUUCCUGAUAUAACAACACAUUUUGAAGAAAAGGAGUUUAAACUAACAACCGAAUCGCAUGAAGUUGCAGAAAUAACUACUUCAAAAGAAUCUCCGAAGACUCCAAGUUCAGAUUUAUAUUCUACGGAAGCAUCAACUAUCAAAGAAAUGGAAACAAGUACACUUCUGUCUGAAGCGGAAACUUCCGAAACGAUAUUAAGUACUACGGAACAUGAAGAAAAGGCGACUGAUGUAAAGGAGGAUAUUUCAAAGGUGUCAACAGUAGCUCCUACUACAGCUGAAAAAGAUUAUUCCAUUGAAAUUGAGAGUACUGUUACGAAAUUGCAACCAACAAUAAUGGGACUGGCAGGUACAAAAUCAACAACAUUUGCAUCUAGUGACAAAGAAACGACAGUGACAUCAACAAUAGGAGAGCAAAAAGAACAAGAACUAGAUGAAGCAAAGAGUACACCAGUUUCUUUAAUGGAAGCUGAAACUACUAAACUGCCUAUGGUAUCCACGAUUUCUGGUGAAACAGCUUCAACGAUGGGAAGUGAAAUAAGUAUAACUACCGGUGUUACACCUGCCAAACCAAGUAAGUCAACUUUGAGUGAUGCGGCAACACUUAUUACUGAACCUUCUAAAGUCACAAUCAAAGAAAUGAAAUUGACAACAGAAAUUCCUGCACAUGAAGUUGAAACAACGUCGUCAGAAGCUGAAAGUGCAUCAAAAGAAACGGCUUUUGAUCAGAAAACCACAGACUCAUUGUCAACCAUUUCUGAGACAUCAGAAACUGUAAAAGAACCUGAAAUACAGAAAGCUGCAACCAUUCUUGAGGACACCACUACCAGCCGAACAUUUACUUCUGCUGAAUUAGCUUCCUCUACAGUAUCUGAAGAUCUAGUGACGGUAACUGACAGAGAAAUUAGCAAAGUAUCAAUCAUGACUGCCGAAAUAAAACCAAUAGAAGAUUUACAAACAUCAAGUGAAAUUGCAGACAGCGAGGUCGAUAAACUAACUUCUGAAUCUGUUUCAUUUAAAGAUACUACAGAAAAAACGGCAACUGAAGUGUUUAAAACAACUGUGGAAGUAGAAUCUAAAUCACCCUCAUUAGAAGAAACAACUUCUGAAGUUUCUGCUACAUCUUUUACAGAUGAAAGGGCAUCAUCUCCCUCGGUAUCUUCAACAGAGGCAGAAGCAUCCAGUAUCGUUACUGAAGAGGAAGGAAAACCAUUAACUUCGACUACUUUUAAGUCAUUAGGCGAAGAAACAUCUGGUAAAGAAGUCACUGAUUUCAGUACACCUUCUUCUGAAAUACUCAAGACUACUGUGUCAAAAGAAAAAGAGACAUCUGUGGUCUUCUCCACAGCAGAAUCUCCAACAAGUUCUCCACAUACUACAAAAUUUGAUGAAAUGACCACAUCAAAAAUUCAUGAUCUUUCUAUAGAAACAAAAGAGACUGGUGUGACUUCAAUAAGUGAUCUAACAGGUCUACCCGACGUAAAAGAACAAACAUCAGCAAAGGAAAUACUUGAGAAAACAUCUACAAUUAGUGAAAGUAUUGAAACAGCUGAAGCUGAGACAACCACUCCUGUACCAGCUAAAGUUACCGCAGAAAAAGAACUACUUAUUACCGAAUCUACAUUGAUGACAAUAUUGCCUGAAAAGAAGGAAACUACAGAACCAGAAUCUUCUGAAAUGUCAGAAAGCACAGCAGCUUCCGUUUUGAAAACAACUUCUGAUGCAUCGCGUUUUGAGGAAAAACAACAAACUGAAAUAAAGUCAGUUACAGGCGAAACUGAUAUUAUUGUCAGUAUGCUAACAACCUUAUCUACCCCGGAAAAAGAACUCAUUACUGCAGGUACAGAAUCUCAAACAAGUGUAACAUCUGAUUCAUCAACACACAUUCAGGCUGCCGAAGAAGAGUUUACGACAAAAGAUACAAUUGAUGAAGCAACAAAACUGGAAGGUACUUCAACCGAAAAGUCCGCAACACGUCUAGCAUCUGAAUUUACGACCAUACCCGACACCUCUGUUCAAUCAACAGCAUCAAUUUCUACUAAAUCAGAAGAAACAUUCAGUACACCAGAAAAAGCGGAAACCACAGAAUCAAAAGAUGCAACAGAGUUAUCUAGUACGGAUUUUGAUGAAAUUAAAGAAAAACCCACUCAUAUAAUCGAAGAUAAAAUUACAACAUCUCCGGAAUUCACGAAACUUGAUCUUUCAACACUUGUUACAGAUAUUGGUUCAAGUGAACAUGAAUUUGUUUCUGAAAGUAAAUCUACUCAAUCAACAGAAGUCACGGCAACUUCUGAACCGAAAAUCAGUUCAGAAGGCGUGCCAGCAACUGAAAAAUUUACAGACACUGAUACAAGUCCAGAAACGUUAUUGUCAAAAACUGGUACUGAAUCUCCCAGGGAAGGAACUGAAUCAACAACUGAAAGACUUGGAACUGUAGCAGAUUUGCUGCUUGUACGCGAAACUUCCAAAACUCCACAUUCCGAAGUAGAUACCGAGGCAGAAUUUUCAGCUGAAACAGUAGCAUCUGAACAGCCGUUGACAACAUUCCAAAUGAAAACAACUCCUGAAAGAAUAUCCAUAUCAACUUCGUCAUCAUCGGAACUUGACAAAGUCACAACUAUCAGCUCAAGCACUCAGGAAGCAGAAAUCGAGACAACAGAAGUAAAAUUUUCGGAAUCUCCUUCGACAAAACUUGGAACGACAGCGAAACCAACGGAUAUCACAUCUGAACUUCCAAUAGAAAAAUCAACUACGUUAAAAACUCGUGAAGAUGAAGAAGUCACUCCAACUCACGCUACAGAAUUUGAAGGAGAAAAAACUUCCGAAAUUGUCAUGAAGGCAUCAACUGAAAUAAAAUCUGCCAGUACAGCUUCCGUUGCUACAGAUACGCAAGAAACAGCCGUAACUUCGAAAUUCGCAACAGAAGUUUCAACUGCUGAACAAACAGUGCACACCGCAUCAACUCCUGAAGAAAUUUCGCGGGAAACAACAGAACUAAAAGUUGCCACAGAAGAAACAAGCACUCAAUAUUCGACUAAGAUAUCUGACGCCAAGGAAGAAACGGAUUUCUCGGCAAGUGUUGCACUUACGGAACUUGAAACAAGCACUUUCAAGCCCAUUUUAGAUACUACGACUAAAAAAAGUACUACUGUUCCUUCACUAAUCGAGGAAGGGGAAACGGCGACACGUAAAGAAAUCUCGGACACGACCUCAAUACAACCUGCUAUAAGUACAGAAUUAAAAUUAAGUGAAACAGAAUUAACUGACAUCACCUCAGACGAAAAAGCAAGCACAUUUAAAGAUGCUCAAACAACAACGACCUCCCCAGUGCAGUUUGACAAAAAAACGACCGAAGAAUUACUUGAUGCAGAAAUUACUACAGAAGUCCCUAAAUCAGCGGCUAGUAGGACAACUAUUGAUUCAUCUGAAAAAACUGAGACUACCAAACUAAUUACACCCUUUAUUGCAAGUGAAACCACUACCACGCCAAAAGAUGAGGGAAAGAAAGAACAUAGUGAAGCAGAGCUGCUUAGUACUACAAAAUUAGUUGAUUCAUUUACCACAAAAUCUGUUUCUCUGUCUCCCGAGACACAAAAAGAAUUUACAAAAGCUGAAAUCACAAUGACUGAAGAUUUUAAAAUUAAGGAGCAAGCAAUCCCGAAGAUACCGUCAACUUUUGAGCCAGAGUCCGUGUCUGCAAUAUCUACAAAAGAAACAAGGAUACCAGAUGAAAUUAGCACUCCAGUAGAACUUACCACAAAAGAAUUUGAAGUAACAAUAGUGUCCGAAGAUGAUCUCCAAAGCAAAAAAACGUUCGCCGCUGAUUCCAUGGUGGUAACCACACCAUCCAGUUCGUCCGUUGUCACUGAACUUACUUCGAAACUAUUUUCUUCAGAUUUAGAUAGGGCAGGCGCCAUUGCUACUGAUUCGUCCGAUAAAGAUAUUUCAGUAAAAGAUACGGAGAGUGUUACAGAAAUUUCAUCUAAAGCAACAACGGUUGUAACUUCAACAAGACUUACCAAAAUUCCAGAUGAUGCAACCGAAGAGGUUGAAUCCGAGAAAACCAGUGAAAUCCUUGUGUCUUCGACAACUGGACAUCCACAUGAGUUUACAACAAGAGAGAAAGACGUAUCAACAGAUCAGGAAAAAAUGUUUUCUCCAAUAGCAGAGGAUAUUUUAUUUAGAGAAAGCAGUAAAUCAACGGCAAAAUUGGAUUUGCCAAUAAUUACUACGAUCUCUGAAAAAACUACGUCAUCUACGCCUGAGAGUAUUACUAAAACAACUUUAUUUAUUAGGCCUACUCAAGAACAAGAGGAAACGAUGUCAGUAGAUGUAAAAUUAGUAAGUAAAUUAGAAAGCACUACUACUUAUUUAGAUCAAGGUUCUACCACAACAUCAUUACAUAUUAUCGAUGACAAACAAGCAGAAGUUACCAUGGAAACUAAGAAGACCCCAUUCGAGACUGAUUUACCCACUAUAGAACCAGAACAGGCACAAAAAUCAGAGUUUACAACCUCCAUAACUAAAGUGAUAGAAGAAGCAACAACAAAAGAAAAAGAAAUAACUUCUACAACGCCACCAGAAUUGUCUACUGAAAUACAUAUGGAUGGCGAAAAAACUUCAUCGGAAGAAGAAAUAACUACUAAAGCAGCCAUACCCUUCUCAACUUCUGUUGAGGGAACAGAACAGGAUAAAACAACAAAAUCAUCUACAACUGUACCCGAUAAAACAAGCUCGACUUCAAUAUCAGUGACAACUGAAGAGGAAACAAUGGAGGCUGAAUUAACUACUCUAUCAGAUAAAACUGAAGAUGUUAAAGGAAAAACAAGUGCUGAAACGAUUUCCACAACAUUUGAAGAAUUCAAAACAACUACUUUAGUUCCAACAGAUUUGAUUUCAAAGAAAUUAACUUCAGUUGAUGAAAAGUUUACUUCUGAAUCUCAAUUAGAAACAGGAGCUACUUCAGCAGAACCAGAAAAAACACACAGUGCUGAGAUAUCAACUACUUUUGCCCAAACGCUUUCAACAGUUGAACAGAGUUUUGCAGCUGAAACAGUCAUUUCAACGGUUACAGCUUCAUCUGAGGAAACUGAAAAAGCUGAAUCAACCUCUUCCGCAGUAACUCACAUUUCUGAAACAACGCAUGCCGGAGCGACCGAAAAAUCAGAUACACCCUCUGAUGUUAUGAAAACAAGCACUGUGACUUUCGAAUCCUCCACUAAAACGGAAUUUGCUUCAACAGACGAGAUAGCAAAAGAAACAGAUUUUAUGUUGCAUCCUUCCAAAACAACCAGUGGUGUAGAAAUCGAAAGUUCCUCCCCUACAUUCUCAGGAAGUGUAGCUUCAGACAUAACAACUGUAGAAGCGUCAGCUGUUACAGAAUCUACAUCUUCUACUGCUACAACAUUUGUUACUGACUUGAAGACUGAAGUUGCUGAAGCUGAAGCCGCUAUAACAACAACAACAGCCGCACCAAUAACCGAUAAAGUACUUUCGACCAUAGUGACUAAAGUUCCAUUAGUGGAAGAAGAUACAACUUUACCAACCGAAAAAAAAAAAUGCACUGUGAAUGAAACUGUGUAUGAAAAUGGAGCUCCAAUACAUACUCUAGAGGCAUGUGAAAAAUGCAGUUGCUAUGACGGAGAUAUUCUUUGCUAUAAAAUCAUCUGUAAAUUACCCAAAAUUGACUGCAGAGCAUUGACGUUUGAAGGCGAUCACUGCUGCCCACUCUCGUUUGAGUGUCCUCUGGAUAAUGGAACAACAGAAACAAUAACGAUUACAAGCACUGAAGCAGUAGAAAAGUAUGUAACUACAACGAUGUUACCAGAAAAAGUGACAAUUUUGACAACUCAUUUGACUCCUGAAACGUUACUCGAUGCUAUUUCAACGCGCACCCCUUCCAUUACCACAGAAUCUCAAAAAGAGUUGACCAGUGAGGGAAUUGUUUCCAAAGUUACGACAAAGAUUAUUGAUCUGGCAACAGGAACUACCUCUAGCAAAACAGAAGCAGAAACAACUUCUAAAGCUUCAAGCACCGAAUCUGCCGCAGCAGAAAGUACAAUGUCUCCUUCUUCAAGCAGCACUGAAGUAUUUUCAGAUUCCAAAACUUCUCUGUCUGAAUUAGAAGAUAUUACUAUUAGAUCUAAGGAGGCUGAAACGACUACUGAAGAACCUUUCCCCACUUCUGCUAGAACCAUGACAACCGGAGAAAUUGGACUAACGACUCAACCUAAGACUUCUGAAGAAGCAGAUGAAAGUUCUACUUUACAAACAUCGGAAGUGACUAAAAUGAAAGCGGAGACACAACCAGUCCCUGAUAUAAUGCAAACGACAAAGGCUUUGAAAGAUUCUUCAACCGCUAAGGAAAUAACUGAAGAAUUUAAAGAUCAGUCAGAUGUAAGUACAACCUUCAAAUCAAUUGAGUCCAGCACGUUAAGUCCUGUCACAGGGAAAAGCACCGAAUCUGAAUCAGCUACUACAGUAGAAAAGGGGGAAAUAAGUUCCACUGUAGAAGAAGAAACCAAACAAACAACAAUCGAAGAAAAAACAAAAGUGUUCGAUAUGCAAACAAGUAGCGAAGUAGUAACUGAACAUUCAGAAUUGGAGGCAGAAACAAUCAAAGCUUUUGAGAGUUCCACUUUGGCAACUCCGAAGGCAGUUGAUAUCACUGAAAUGGCUGAAACAACUUUAAAAACUAGCAGCUCAGAUGUUUUCACAACUUCAGAUGAACAAACGGAUAAAACGACUCCCAUUGAAGUCUUAUUAGAUAAAAGUACAAAAUUAGAAACAGAUUCUAAAACGUCUUCUUUUACCACGCCAAUUGAAGUUUCAAAAUUACACGAUGUGCCAUCAAGUACUGUGGUUUCAAGUUCGGAAUUUACAACGGAAGAAACUAUUCAAAGUGAAUUGAGUUCUUUUAAUUAUACUGAAAAAUCUGAAACUACUCGUAUUCCCUUAACCAGCACCCUUAGUUCGGAUAUAACAAGCUCUGAAGUUCGAGAAACAGGUAUUUCAAAAGAACAAACAACAAAAAUACAUGCAGAUGAAAUAUCUACAAAACAAUUUACUUCUACAGAGCCGUCAAUUAAAGCAGAAACAGAAACAAAAGGCCAAUUAACUUCUGUAAAAUCUUUUGAUUUGACCAAAGGAGAGAUUACCACUGUCACGGAAGGGACAGAAUCAAUUUUAGGUGAAGUUAUGGGUAAGGGUUCGAGCAAACUACCUUCUACAUCCGUUUUACCAGAAAAACUGGAAACAACUCAAAAAUUUGAAACAGACGAAACAACAUUUGUAACUCAGACCAUUCCAACAAAAUUACACACAAUUCCUAUUAUGUCAAGAGGAAGAUUGCCCUCUUCCACUGUAUCAGAAAGUACAACGGAAGUCAUUCAAGAUACAACAACAGAAGCGAGGGCAAAAUCAGAUCUUUCAGCUGAAGCAUUGGUGCCCGAAGUUUCAUUGACAACAUCUGAAAGAGAAUCCCCUGAAUCGCAAGCUACUACAGUUUCAGAGGCAGUGUCAGAAACAACAAGUAUAAGGAGCAUCACUGACAAAGUAUUCACUUUCGUAUCAACGAGGUUUACGGAACUAUUUAGUGAUACCACUGAAAAAAGUGUAGAGCUGGAAACUGAAACGAAACAUACCACAGUUAUAGAUACAAGUACAUCGAAACCAAGUACUUUUGCUGCCGAUAAAGAAACGACAUUUACAACAACGAUAGUGGAAGAACUGGAAUCGAAAUCUGACGUUACUAGUAGACGUACUAUGCCCGAAGCAACUUUAAGGGUGACAGAAACUCCAAUAAUUUCAUCGACAAUUGCUGAAAAAAUUGAAGAACAUGAAGUUAAGACUAAGCAUCCUACAAUUAUGGAAGAAAGUACAACAAAAAUAAGUUCUGCUAUUGCCGAUAAGGAAACAACAACUACUAUGAGGACUGAAGAAGUAGAAUCUGAAGCGGCAAGAAAAAUUACCAUGCCGGAAACAACGCAGAAAGUAACAGAAGUUCCAACGAUUUUAUCAACGAUUGAUAAGAGUGAUUCUAAAACGAAACUUACUACUGUAAUGGAAGAAGGCACAGUGAAAACGAGCACUGAUCUUGCUGAUAUGGAGACAACGAUUACAAUGAUGGCCGAAGAUAUGGAAUCAAAAUCUGAGGAGACAAGCAGGAGCACCGUGUCGGAUAUAACACAAAAAGUAACAGAAAUUCCCAUGAUUUUAUCAACUAUUGAAAAGAGUGAAGAACCUGAGACUAAAACGAAACUUACUACUGAAAUGGAAGAAGGCACAGUGAAAACGAGUACAGCUCUUGCCGAUAAGGAGACAACGGUUACAAUGAUGGCCGAAGAUAUGGAAUCAAAAUCUGAGGAGACAAGCAGGAGCACCGUGUCGGAUAUAACACAAAAAGUAACAGAAAUUCCUUUGAUUUUAUCAACUAUUGAAAAGAGUGAAGAACCUGAGACUGAAACGAAACUUACUACUGAAAUGGAGGAAGGCUCAGUGAAAACGAGCACUACUCUUGCUGAUAAGGAGACAACGGUUACAAUGAUGGCCGAAGAUAUGGAAUCAAAAUCUGAAGAGACAAGCAGGAGCACCCUGUCGGAUAUAACACAAAAAGUAACAGAAAUUCCUAUGAUUUUAUCAACUAUUGAAAAGAGUGAAGAGCCUGAGACUAAAACGAAACUUACUACUGAAAUGGAAGAAGGCACAGUGAAAACGAGCACUGCUCUUGCCGAUAACGAGACAACGGUUACAAUGAUGGCCGAAGAUAUGGAAUCAAAAUCUGAGGAGACAAGCAGGAGCACCGUGUCGGAUAUAACACAAAAAGUAACAGAAAUUCCCAUGAUUUUAUCAACCAUUGAAAAGAGUGAAGAGCCUGAGACUAAAACGAAACUUACUACUGUAAUGGAAGAAGGCACAGUGAAAACGAGCACUGCUCUUGAUAAGGAGACAACGGUUACAAUGAUGGCCGAAGAUAUGGAAUCAAAAUCUGAGGAGACAAGCAGGAGCACCGUUUCGGAUAUAACACAAAAAGUAACAGAAAUUCCCAUGAUUUUAUCAACUAUUGAAAAGAGUGAAGAGCCUGAGACUAAAACGAAACUUACUACUCUAAUAGAAGAAGGCACAGUGAAAACGAGCACUGUUCUUGCUGAUAAGGGGACAACGGUUACAAUGAUGGCUGAAGAUAUGGAAUCAAAAUCUGAGGAGACAAGCAGGAGCACCGUUUCGGAUAUAACACAAAAAGUAACAGAAAUUACCAUGAUUUUAUCAACCAUUGAAAAGAGUGAAGAACCUGAGACUAAAACGAAACUUACUACUGUAAUUGAAGAAGGCACAGUGAAAACGAGCACUGCACUUGCCGAUAAGGAGACAACGGGUACAAUGAUGGCCGAAGACAUGGAGUCAAAAUUAGAAGAGACAAGUAAAAGCACCACAUCUGAAACAACACAAAAAAUUACAGAAAUUCCUAUAAUUUCAUCAACUAUUGAAAAGAGUGAAGAACCAGAUACUACAAAGAAACCAACAACUGUAUUGGAAGAAAGCACUUCAAAAAUGAGUACGACUGUUGCUGAUAAGGAAAAAACUAUGACAAUGAUGGCCGAAGAUAUGGAGUCAAAAUCUGAGGAGGCAAGUGAAAGUACCACAUCGGAAACAACGCAAAAAGUCACAGAAAUUCCCAUAAUUUCAACAACCACUGAAAAGAGUGAAGAAACUGAGACGGAAGCGAAAUUUACUACUGUAAUGAAAGAACGCACUGCAAAAACGAGUACUACUAUUGCCGAUAAGGAAACAACGAUAGCUGAAGAUAAAGAAUCAAAAUCAGAAAUGACAAGCAAGAGUACUAUGUUUGACACAACCCAAAAAAUGGCAGAAACUUCAAUAGUUUCAUCUACUACUAAGGAAAUAACGUCAACAGUUAAGGAAGAAAUGUUAAGUUCAACGAUGAAAACCCCUAUGGUUAAGUCAAUUGAAGAAGAAAUGGAUUCAUUUACUCGUGAAUCAACACCACCAGAUGUUGAAGUAACUAAAGAAAGCGAAUCUGCUCAAAGUUUAACUCCUUUAAUUUCCCUCGAGCCUGAAGAAACAACUUUCAAGACAAAGGAAAGUACUGCUUUUAAAGAAACUGUAAGCACCGAAAAAACCGAAACACCUGGAGAUGAAUCAAAGAAAACUCCAGUAUACACUACGUUUAGUACUUCGUUAGGAAUCACAGAAGCUUCAAGCCUUCAAACUCAAGAACACGAAACAGUUUCUGAGAAAGAAGAAAUUUCCACUAUUAAGACAACAGAGCCUGAAAUCACCACUAGCACCACUGGUCAUGUAGAAAAACUAACUAUAAGUACUGAGAUAACAGUACCAACUAUAAGAACAACCGACUUAUCUGAUCAUGAAAGCACCUUUUCUAGUGAAUUGUCUGUAGAACCAGGGAAAUCGACAGCUGAAACACAAAAAAUGGAAAUUACAGUAUCGGAAGGACAAGAAACAACGAUUACGAGUAUCGCUCCAGAUAAAUUUACUAAAUCUGAAACCGAAAGCAGUUCAAUGAUUACAACUGCCGAGCUAAUUAAAGUGGAAAGUACCACAGCCCGAGAUAAAUUUACAGAAGAAACAAAAAUGACUUCAAUUCAUAAAUUGGAAUCCGAAACAGUCACUUCAAGCUCAUCAUCCGAUGAGUUAAAAACCACUUCAUCAACUGAAAAAGAUCAAACGACAGGAAUUAGUGAGACUAGUCAGUCGAUUUCAGAGAUCACUAAAGAACCUAGCACACUAGCAUCAGAAACAAAAACUGAAGAGAGAACCACACUAAAGAUAACUGAGAAACCCAUUUUUAAAUCUGAGGAUAUAGCGUCUACUAUUACAAGCCAUAGCGUGGCCGAAACUGAAGCAUCUAGUCCAGUUACUUCAAGAGAAACAGCUGAAGCAGAAGAUAUGGCAUCUACUAGUGUAACCGAAUCUUCAAUAAAACAAACAAACAUAACCGAAAGCGUUCCAGAAAUAAAAACAACAGAAUAUGUAAGUACAGUUACAGUUAAACCAUCUACUAUUGCUGGUAUUCCACUCAUAGAGAGGAGGCUUCCCACCGACAGGACAGAGCGUCCACUCACUGAAGACUUAGAUCAAGUCAGCAAGUCAACUAUUAUCAGCACGGUAUCAACCACUGGCAUUCCUAUCACAAUGAUCAGUGAAACAACAACUCCGGAGAGUUUCGAGACUGAAACAAGAAUUUCAACAACAGGCGUUCCAAUUUCAACGAUAAGCGACUUAUUGCGAUCUCCUACAACUUUGGAGAGUUUAGAAACUGAAGAGAGAAUCUCAACUACAGGCGUUCCAUUUUCCACACUAAGCGAGUUAUUGCGAUCUCCAACAACUUCGACUAUUUUAGAAACUGAGACUAAAAUCUCAACAACGGAAAGUCCAUUACCAACGGUGAAUGAAACUUCAGAAUUCCCAACAACAGCAGAUAUUUUUGAAACUGAGACAAGAAUCUCGACUACUGGAGUUAUCGUCAAGAAUCUAACAGAACGUGUCACAGAGGCUACUGAAAUGCCGACGAAAGCUUUCAAAGCCAUUGAAACGACAACGAUGUCUUCCAGCACACCCGUGACCUCAACAACAGAAGAGACUUCCACACGUUCUGUGACAGAUUUUCUCUUAGAUGAAGGAGCUUGCAUAUUUGAUGGCCGCAUUUUUCAAUCUGCCGAACAGAUUCUGCGAGAUGAUCCAUGCGAGUUCUGCUUCUGUUUCCGUGGUGAUAUCAUUUGUUUGCAACAAACGUGUCCACCUCCUGCUCCCAAUUGCAAUAGGACGGAGAUUCCAGGAUUCUGCUGUCCAAGAUACGACUGCCCUGUUUUAGUGACGACGAAGAACUUAACAGCCAUUACCAGACGAAAAGGAGUCCAGCCAAUCAUCAUUCAGAAAAGAAUCGAAAAAAGAUCUGUUAGACUUCCUACAGUAGUAAAAGGUUGUGACAUAAACGGGACAUUUUAUGAAAUAGGAUCCACUGUGACGUCAGCAAGCUGGCCUUGCUUACAUUGCAUGUGCGAAGAUGCGGGCAACAUGCACUGCGAUCCGCGCAAGUGCAAACCUGAGUCACCUCUCAUGCUCAACAUGAAAAACAGCCUACUAAAAACAAGAUAACGAAAAGAAACGUUGAUAUUUAUUUUUAUUACCAUUCUUUUUCUUUUUUAAAUUCCUUCUUAAGCGUGUGAAAAAGCUGCCAAAACCUUGAGGUCGUUUUCUUAGGCGACGUAAUUUAAGCUAAGCUGGUUUUUUUUUACUAAAAAAGCGACUUGCCAACGUUUUGCAUCAGUUCCUGAAAUGCUCGUCUGCUUCGUCUAAUUACCGCUCAUCAGUAUUUCAGUAACAGAAUACUAUUUACACGCUUUGAAUGAAAAAUAAAAAAACUACGAAACCACCGUUAUAAGCUUGAUAGUUGCGAAUUAUAACAAUGAACUGUCAUCGAACAAACAAAAAGAACAAUAAACUGCUAUUGUUGCGUCGAGUUAUUAUGCAACGAACUACAUUUUUGUGUGCCUGCAGCGCUAAAGCCUGGAAGUUCUGAAAUUCCGUCCUUCCUCUAGGAAAUGAAUUAAUUUUUUUGGUUGAGAGUGGAAAUGGAGAUAUAUGAAUGAAGAUAUAUUGUUAAACGAACUCUAAACAAUGGAGUAAUCUCAUUCAAAUGUGCUGAAUAUAUAAUCUCUUAUCCCAAAAAAAAACUUACAGUGCGCUACUUUGUUAGCGGAAUCGUAAGGCUUACAGCGCAGGUAAUUUUAAGCCAUGCAAGUAGUCAAGUGUUUUAUUUAUUUAUAAUUGAAUGUAAAUACAGUAAGGAGCACUUUCGUUUAACAUCUUACUCAAAUCAUAUCUUCAUAUGAGUCGGUAUGAUGAUAUCAAAACAUGUCUUCAUAUAAGUCGUAUAGUAAAUUAGAGAUCGCUCUGCUGUGAUAACCAUGUGGUGCUGCAAUUUUGCUAGAUUUGUUGUUUUUGCACUUGUUAAGAGCAAGAGAAUUUUUAAAAAUGUUAAAUAAAUUGCUCUAUUUUGAUUUAAUUUUUUUUAACAUAGACCCAAAGAAGCAGAGUGUUUUCUAGAUUUACUGUAUGAUCUGUAUUACAUGAUUUUAAUGUUUAACCUAACUUUUAAAUCACCUAUCUAAUUGUUUUUCUUUUAAUGUAAUAUUAAAAUUGUUUAAUUUGCAGUUAUUGCCACUUUGUGCAGAAGUCUUAAGAUAUUAAAUAAAUUUUACUAGAAAGCUUAAAACGGAUUUAGUUAAUAAGUAAUUAAUGUUAGAUUCAUAUUAGAUUAUAAUAAUAUACUUAUUAAUCAAGUUUUAUGGCUAGCAAUUUUUCCUUUCUCAGUUAUACUUUAAAUUAAAAUUAUUAGAUUUAAAAUUAUUAAAAUCUUUUCAUUGAUUAAUUACAAUCUCUUUAGUUUUUUUUUUUCACAUUGAGAAAUAGUAAUCCUACAAAUUCAAUUGUUUUCACGAUUAAAUUAAAAUUUUACAUAAAUUUCUUACAAGUUGAUUUUUUUUCUUAAUUUAAUUAGAAUUUUAAAUUAACGCAACUGAUUAUAUUUUAUAUUUACGUUUGAAUUAUUAAUAAUUGCUAUUUCUGUCGCUAAUAAUUUACAGAUUUACUAUUUUCCACUAUAUAAUUUGCGUAGUUUUGAUGAUUACUUAUUCUAAACCAAUAAUAUUAGAUUAAUAACAUUUACUAUAGUGAUAAACAUUAUUAUACAUUUAUUGCAAUACUUAUAAUGAUUAUUAUAAUAAUAAUAAUAAUGAUUAUUAGCACUACAGGUCGUAAGUGAUAGUUGACAAUAGUAAUGAUUGUUAAUUCUAUGAAAAUAAUAUUAAAAUAAUAAUAUUUGUAAGUUUAUAGCAAUACUUACCAAAAUGCGUUCCUAUAAACAAUAAUUGCUAUUAGCUACUAAGACCAGGAGUAAUAAAUUUAUAAUACUAUUUAUCGAUAUGUGUUCUUAGUAAUAAUGAUUGCUAGUUCUAUAGCAAUAGUAUUUGAGCAAUAAUAUUUAUUUUUAUGAUAAAUAUUGUUAUAAAUUUAUAAUAUUUUACGGCUAUGUAAUUAGUGAUAAUGAUUGUUAAUUCUUUCAAAACUAACGAGUAAUAAUAUUUAUUAUAUUUUUCUAUAUUAUUAAAAUCUGCAUUUUAUAAUACUUUUAAUUAUCAUCUAUUUCUAGAAAUAAUGAUUACUUUAAAGAUAAAUAUUAAUAUAAAUUUUUAGGUCUAUGCAAGAUCUGCUAAUUACGCAUGAUCAGGUGUCAUUUAUUCCUUAUUUUUUCUUGCUCACUGCAAGUCAUUAUAUCCAACUUUCCAUACUUUAAUUAAAUUAGUAUCUAAUUAAUUUUAUAAAUGUAGUGAUUAAUUUUCUUAAUUAAUUUUGUUUAAACUUUUUGAUGUUUUUUUUUUUUUUUUUUUUUAACUAAUUCUAAUUUCAUCAAGCUCAGUAUAAGUUAUUUACAUGCAAUUACUUCAGUAAUAUAAAACUUGCAUAUUUUACAAAUUUAGUUAGUAAUUAAUUUUACUAUAAUUUUUUAUCAUUUAAGUCAUUAUUAUUUAUUUUCGAUAAUUAAGUAAUAUAUUUAUUUAUUAUUUGAUUUAUUUUAUUUGUUAACUUUAGCAGUUGAGGAUUUUUUUUAAAAAUUCAUGCCUAAUUUUAUCGCUUUUGCAAGUUAAUAUAUAUCUUUCAACUACAAGUUUUUCAAGACCUCGCACUUUUGAUUUAGUAAUUAGUUAAAUUUUUUCUGUUUAGAUUUUCUUGAUUGCAAUUUUUAAUUUUUUUUAAUUUAAUACUCAAUUCAUUUUAAAAAAAAAAUAAAACUGGUAGUUGAGUUUUUUUUGUUAUUUAUUUUUGUUUUAACCACUCUCCUAGGACAAUAUAUUUCUUUAAACAUUUAUUCAUAUUAUAAGAUCGAGUUCAAGUCAAUGGAUAAUUUAUUAAGUGACUGGAUUUUAAACGCAAGUCUCCUUACCUGUGUAUUAUGCUUUUUGUUCCUGGUGUUAUUGUGGUGAAUAUAGUAUUAAUGUUUUAUUUCUUUCGGUUAUUAGAAUCGGUUUUGGUUUCAAGAAGGCAUUUUGAACAUGGUGCCAUACCCGAACAAUGCUACUUGAUUUGUUUUCCCAUAAUGUGACUUUACAGUAUUACAGCAAUUUUCACAGAUACCAGUCAUUUUAUAAUUAAAAUAUCUUUAAUAUUAUGUGAAAAGUUAUUUUUAAAAAAAAANUAUU